GUAAAAUUUUCUGAUUUGCUGAAAAUUCAUUCAAUCUUUUGUUAAAUGCUAGCUUGAUCUUCUCUGCACUGUCCUCACUCCUUCAGCUACUCUCCUCUACCUCUCUUUAUCCUUUGUCUCGUUUUUAUGCUCCAACAUGAAUAAUUACUCCUCUGAAUCCACCUUGGCUGCUAAUACCGCUAUGAACGCAGCAAUAGGUGCUUCAUCUAACAACACCAGCACCAUCUCAGCUUCCAACAGCAGCAACUCCAGUUCUUCUACCUCAAAUAAUCCCAGUAGCAAAAGCAAAUACGUCUAUUUUGUUAGGAAAACUGACAACAUUCCCAAGAACACUUUAGAAAAAGCUGCCUCCACCAAGUUGAAAAUUGAAGACUUCUACAAGAAAUCUGUCCAACACGCUAUAGAAAGAAAUAAAAGAAAAAUAGCCUUGGAAAAUGAGUUUCUAAACGACAUUUCUGUUGCAAAAAAAAAUAGAGAAGCAAAGCUAUUACUAAACAAGGAGACUCAAUUUAUCAGAUUAAGAAGAACCAAACUAACGCUAAACGAUUUCAGAACCAUCAAAGUCAUUGGAAAGGGUGCCUUUGGUGAAGUCAGAUUGGUUCAAAAAAUUGAUACUGGAAAAGUCUAUGCAAUGAAAACUUUAUUGAAAUCUGAAAUGUCUAAAAAAGACCAACUAGCCCAUGUUAAAGCUGAAAGAGAUGUCUUGGCCGGAACUGAUUCUGAAUGGAUUGUCUCUUUAGUAUACUCUUUCCAAGAUUUUCAAUAUCUUUAUCUUAUAAUGGAAUUUUUACCUGGUGGUGAUUUAAUGACCAUGUUGAUUCGAUGGGAUGUCUUUACUGAAGACAUUACCAGAUUUUAUAUGGCUGAAUGUGUCUUAGCAAUAGAAGUCAUCCACAAAUUAGGCUACAUCCAUAGAGAUAUCAAGCCUGAUAACAUUCUUAUAGAUAUUAAGGGACAUAUCAAAUUAUCCGAUUUUGGUCUAGCAACUGGUUUCCACAAGACCCAUGAUUCAAACUAUUAUAAAAAACUAUUAGGAGGAAUUGUACCUGAAAAUGCUAAUAUAAAUACCAAUACAAAUAUAAAUUCUCAGAACACUAACUUUUUAUCUCCAUCAAAUACAAACUCGAGAAAUUCCGUAAUGGUUGAUGCAAUCCAUUUGACAAUGAAAGAGCAAAUGCAAACUUGGAGAAAAUCCAGAAGAUUAAUGGCCUACUCAACCGUUGGAACUCCUGAUUAUAUAGCUCCUGAGAUUUUCAUUCAUGAAGGUUAUGGACAGGAAUGUGAUUGGUGGUCACUCGGAGCAAUUAUGUAUGAAUGCUUAGUAGGAUGGCCUCCUUUUUGUUCAGGUACACCUCAUGAGACUUAUAGAAAAAUUUUGCAUUGGAAAGAAACAUUACAAAUACCUGAAGAUGUUCAUUUAUCUCCAGAAGCCGAAGAUUUAAUUUUCAAAUUAUUAACCAACUCUGAGAACAGAUUGGGUAGACAUAAUGGUGCACUUGAUAUCAAAUCUCAUCCAUUUUUCAGAGGCGUUAAUUGGAAGACAAUUAGACAAAUUAAAGCACCUUUUAUUCCCAAAUUAUCGAGUAUUACAGAUACAAGAUUCUUCCCAACUGAUGAUUUGGAAAAUGUUCCAGAUAGUCCAUAUUUAACAGCAGCUGCUGAACAAAGAGAGCAAAAUAAACAAAAUGGUGGCGAUAGAAACGAUAUCAAAAAUGAAUUACCAUUUAUUGGCUAUACAUUUUCAAGAUUUGAUAAACUUGCAAGAAAUGCUCUAUAGAAAUGUUCUAUAGAUAUGACUAUUAAUGUUAUUAUUUUU